AUGAACCACACACGCGGUCUCAUAUCAUCCGCCCAGGCCCUACGCCAGAUCUUCAUCGCACCUGUUCGCACCUCCAGAAUCGGAAUUCUUACAUUCAGGCCUCUCCAGAAUGUCCCCCAGACUCGAUUUUUUCAACAAUCCCGUUGCUUAGAGCUUCGAGAAUACCGAGCACCCGUUGAAAAGCCCCCGAUAAACGAAGCUAUCCGUGCGUCAUUUGUCCAAGUUGUGAAUGAUGAAGGGGAUCUCGACCCUCCCACCAGACUGGAGGAUGUUUUGGAAAGCUUUGACCACACCGAGUUCUUCCUUCUUCGGGUGCAAGAAGGAGACCAUGAGAAUCUGCCGGUUUGCAAGAUCUACAAUAAGAAAGAAGUGCGAGCACGUGAAAAGGCCAAAGCAAAGUCAGCUCGUGAAUCCAAGGUUGUAUUCAAACAAAUGGAGCUGAAUUGGGCAAUCGAUGCGCAUGACCUGUCGCACCGCCUGAAGCAACUCUCGACCUUUUUAGAGAAAGGUCGUAGGGUGGAAAUUCUGUUGACCACCAAAAGGCGCAAGCGCAAUCCUACAGUGGAUGAGAUCAAACAGGUCAUGCAGAGUGUUUUGGAUACAAUCAGAGAGGCUGGUGGAACUCAGACCAAGGCAAUGGAGGGAGAACCGGGGAAGCAACUCAAGAUUACUGCACAGAAGAAUAUCUGA